AUGGAAUUUGCAGCUGCAAAGGCAAUGAAUAUGAAUGUACACUUUAUUCCAAAAUCAACUACCGAUUAUGCAAUUUCUUUUCUUAAAUCACCAUUCGGACAGCGUUUAAAAAACAAAAAUACAUUUCGUAUUGUUACUGAUAUGAAUCGUGAAAAUGAACAGCCAGUACACAAUGCAGAAGCACGUCUCAUAAAAAAGUUAAGACAACUUGGCUUUCAAAAUCAAUGCAUGGUAUUUACGAGCAGUAAGCAAAGAGCGGAUGAUAUUAUGUCAAAGGAACUAACAGCUCAAGAAUUACGAAAUACAAUUGUGACAACAUUUACAAAUGAUUUAACACGAUUCGUCAAUUUUCAGUAA